UAAAGCUGGAAUUCUUGCGGUACCGUCUGCCCGGGGAGAAAGAUGAGAGGUACCCCCCAAUCGUCCGGGGCUACCAGAAUGCCGGAGGUUGUUGCCGAGGGUUAUUGAUUCAGGUACUUAGGAAAUUUUUGCAUCUGUCUCGUUUUGAUUCUAAUUCUCUUUUGCUUUCUGUAGGUGACAUAAUGGAUCCGAAGGCAUUCGCGAAGCUCAGCAAGCAGCUGGGCAAGGAUAAGAAGAAGAACCCGAAGGCCACGAACCCGGCGGCCCCAAAGAAACAGGAGGAUGAAAGGCCCCUGAAAAAUGCUGAGGCCGGUGCUGUUGCCGGGGGCUCCGAGGCGGUGGAGUUUAAAAGAAAGAACGCCGGAAAAGGCGUCAAGCUUCCGGAGAGGAAGAAACCGAAGGGGGAAGCCGGGCAAAAGGAUAUUCCCGUGGUGGUCAUUGUUGAUCCCCCAACCAACCAGCCGUCGGUCCUCACCCCCUUGGAGGACUCCGUCGAGGGGGAUUGGCCCCUGGAGACUGUGCAUUUCCCUAUCAAGAAGGGGACAGCCGUCAUGCAGGGCACUCUUGACCCGAGGGAGUUCUUGAGGGGCGCUACUCCCUCGGUAGAUCGGUCCAUCCUGAGCAGGCUCGAGGACGAAUCCCUCGAACUGAAGGCUCUCCAGGCCUCGGUUACUGCCAGUCUGGCCUUCGGGGAGCUUGUCCGUAGGGCGGAACAGCACCGUCUCGAGAGGGCCAAGUCCGAGGAGGUGACGAGGAAACUAGUGGCCAAUAAUACUGAGGCCAUUCGGCAGCUGGCGAGAUUGGAGGAGGCCCUCCGGCAAUCCGAGGAGAAGCUGAGAGUGGCCAAGGAGGAGGCCCGGGCCGAGGGCAAGGCCGAUGCCGAGAAAGCCGCCGCUGAGGCCGCUAAUCUUGCGUCUGAGAAAGCCGAAGCCGCCAAGAAGGAGGCGGUUGCCAAAGCUGAGAAAGAUGCCCUUGACGCCUUCAAGGCCGGAAGUUGGAAGUCCGAGGAGCAUCAGCCAUGGGUGGCCUCGGUGGUGGAGGCGUCGGCAGAUACCUGGGCGAAGGGCCCCGGGGCCAUGUGGUUGGCGUUGAAAGGCAAGAGCUUUUAUGAGGGAGCUCAGUACUUUACCCAAGCCCUGAUCUACCGUAAGUUGGCCCGGCACCACGGUGUGGACCCGAAGGAGUUCCAGCCCGAAGCCUAUGGUCUCCCCCCGCUCCUGCCGGAUGUGAGGAUCCCCUUGCCUGAAGGUGAAGAAAGGGAGCUGCUCGAGGACUCGGAGCUGGCCCGAUGCGAUUCAGAUGGCGAGGAGGCUGAGGAUGAUGCGUCCUCGAAAACGAAGGAAGAUCCCGUCG